CUGUUUACAGUAUCUGUUGUGUGGAAUAAACAAGCUUUGAGAAAUCAUUUAUCGGUCGAACUUGUUAUAUUUCAGGCAGGGCAACAUACCUGAGACCUACUGUUACAUACCUCAGACUUUUCACAUAGUAUCAUACGGUAACUAGUUGGAACAUGUCAAAACCACUGAUGCGGAGCUUGCGGGUUGUCCUGUCGAACGGGGCAAGCAUCACUGUGCCAAGCUCGCUGCGGGGACGCGCGGAAAAGCCAUAUUUCUUGAACUUUGAUAUCCACAACCACAGUGUCUGGCGUCAUAACAUCAAAGCAGAAGUCGAACAGGACUCAGCGAGCCAGGAAGCGCCGGAUCGCACGCGGGGUUUCUACGACAAGUUUACCGGAAGCAAUCUCAAGGACAAGAGGCAUCGGCGAAACGCAUAAGGCGGAGUUGUGGCUGGACUAUGUGUAGGGCUAGGAGUGAUGGCAUGCUAUGGCAUGCCGUGAGGGCGUGUAGGUGGGGCAGCCUGAUGUGAGGUUGCGCCGGAGGGCGGGAAAGAUUUUAUCGUUUGUAUUUUUCGAACGGCAUUGGGGCGUCCCACUGAAGCUAUUGCAUGUGGUAUGCGCCAGGGCGGGCGGAUACACGAGGACGCGCAGCUAGGCUAAAGACCUUACACAUCAAGUAGGUAGGAGUCAGGAAUCAGCUAGGAAGCGGGAUGCCACGCCCGCUGCAUUGCUGGUGCUGGCCAGAAACGAUGGUGCUUACUGGUCCUCGUAUCCUUGUAUUCUCUUGGUUCGGGUGCGCUGGGCAAGGGAAGCGCAUCCUCUUAGGCCAAGAAAAGCAUGGGAAAGCACAGACCGCAAGGGCUGCAGCGGUGACCCCGCAAUAAACUAUGAGACACGUAAUUGUAGAGAUUGUAUGGCCUGUAGCAUUGCGGCACGGUGGUGGCGGCGAUGUUGGACAGCGGCUGCAGCGCGGGGCCCA